ACUGACUUCUGCCUCUAUCUGCUUUGAGCCCUUUGACCUAAGGAUCACUAGCUUCUCUGACUUCCCUGCUUCGACUUUCAGCCUCUCUUUGCUUCUUCGUCUCUCAUCCGACCAUGCUGCUGGGAGGUUUUUGGCAUGUUAGUCAACAACACAUGGUUUCUUGGAGUGUGAUCGCAAGCUUUUAGUAGUUUUUUCCCUCUUGGAGUUAAUUUUUUUCUUGUAGGUUUCUAUCCAUCUUAAAAAAAUGUACUGGAAGCAAGUCAACACUCAAAUAAUUUAGAUGUAUUUUUACUAAUUUAGAGGUGCUAGUCUACUUGUGCUUUAAUAUGUGUCUCAUGUUUGUGUCUUUGUGAUGCACGCGGCGAACAUCAAUGGCACAUUGCGCAUUGAGGUUCCAUGGGCCCUUUGUGCGUCGGUGCACAUCGCACCUUAAACAACUAUGACUUCCAUCACGUGGUGGCAUGUGGUAUUUUGCACUGCUCUCAAUCGAAGUGCCCUUUUAACCUUUGUGAGAUUAACAUCUUUGAGGAGGGACCGCGUGCCUACAUUGAAAGAGCGCCCAUGAGCUAUUGUAGUAUUGUUGCAUGUGGUUUGAUAUUAACAAUGAGGAAUGUAAAAUCUCGUGAAUAUGGAAAUUUUAUGGUUGGCUAUAUAUAUAUAGCAAUUGUGUAUGAGUGGGAUUCUUAUUUUUAAAUAUUUAGAGUCUGGAUUUAAUAAUCAGCCAAAAGUACUGCAUCUUAGAUGUCUUGUAUUGUGAAUGCCUCCAUUACUCCUUGAAUGUGCACUGUUCCUGAAUGGAUUGCCUAAAUAUUGGGCUUGAAUAAAAUUCUAGCUUCCUUUUUUAGAGUAGGAUUUUCGGUUCGAGCCAGGUGACUGGGUUUGGUCCGGGUCAGUAUUGCAAUUAUGUUUUAUGCUUGAAUUUUUAAACUCAUGGAUGGGCUUAUAGUUGUGUAAUCACAGUUUUUGGUUAUUAGAGAUUACUUUUUUCAUUCAAUUUAUGGACAAUCCUCACCUUUUAACUGGAAUAACUUGUUUCAGACUUUUCCAUUGAGAUAUUAUUUUGGCUUCAGAGCAUUGGAUUAUAACAAAAUCAGAGCAUACACCGAUAAUUUAAGCAAAGAGAGAAUGAUAUCCAAGUUCCAAUUUGGGACAAUGUUCCGAGGAUGGAAUGGAAAACAAGAGCUCACUGUGAAAAUAUGGAAUAAUGAUGUUCUGGAUCAUAUGGAUGGACAUGGAAUGAUGAUGGAUGAGUUGUUUUUAUUUAACAAAGUCGAUCUCAAGGGUAUACCUAAGAUUAUUGGCUGCUCUGAUGAUACAAACAAUCCUUGUGCUAUUAUUUAUGAUCUUAGUGUGAUGGACACACUUCACAAUCUCAUACCUAGUGGUAAUUUCUGUUGGCGGGACAGGAUCAAAGUGGCUCUUGGAAUUGCAUUAGCCAUCAAGUCUUUUCAUUUACUAAAAUGGCCCUUUACUAUCCGCAAUGUUAGUGCUACUCAUAUAAUGUGUGAAAAGGAUUUUACUCCAUGGUUAUGUGAUUUUGGUUUGAUUAAUGGAGGACUUAUCAAUCCAGUCAGGUAUAAGUACGACGAACAAACUGGUUAUCCUGGUUACGUUGAUCCUUAUUUCAUAGACACAGGGAGCUGUUCAGAAAAAACCGAUGUCUAUGCUUAUGGAGUUUUAUUGCUCGGUUUGAUAACCAAGAGAGUCUUCAAUGACGAGAAGGAUGAAGAUCCCGAUUUUCUUCGCAAGUGGGCUGAAAAAGAGUUCAAUGGGAAGAGAAAACCUGGCACAAGAAGGCCUACACUUGUUGAUCUAAGCUUAAAGUCAGAUGUGCAUUUUGAUCCAAAGGAUGGCCAUCGAAUUACGCUCUUGGCUAUGCAAUGCAUCAAGUAUGAUCCUGAUGGUCGCCCUGAAAUGGAUGAAGUAGUUCGAACACUUCGGGGUCUAUAUGUGGUUGAAAAUCACAUCAAUGAAUGUGUUCUCAUUGAGGCUUUGGAAAGACAUUUGCCAAAGGCUUGAUGUUAUUCAAAGAAAGAAAGACUAAAUAGGAGUAGAAUAUAGAAAAAGAAUCUUUCAAUUUUAUCUCCAAAAUAAGACAUAUCAUGUCAAUAAAACCCCAACAAAUAAUACAAAAAAUCACUAUGAAAUAUCAAUAUAAUAUUGUCACAUUCACAAAAUAGUAGUUUUAUUUUGGAGAUGAAAAUAUGUUACUUUCAUUUUGGCGAAGCCGCCUCUUGGGUGCACAACAACCCCAUGUGGACUACUCUCAACACCUCAUCUUCAACAUCAAUGUUGUGGUAGUUAUGCAGCAUCAGGUUCGGGUCGAACAGCUCCUCCACUCUCCUUUGUUGAAAAUGUGUCCACACCUAUGAUGCAAGAGUAAAAUAUAUGACCUUGAAACCUCGGGUCAUAAUAUGACCCGAAGCACCUACGGUGCUCCGUUAGUAAAAUUAAUGGUUCUUA